AUGACUUCCAACGCCGAGACUUCUCAGUCCUCGGACGAGAAACGCCCUGCAUCGCGGCCGUCUGAAGCAAAAGUAGACGCCAUCACGCCGGUUGCCACGCAAGACGUUUCGUCCCCGCCCUGGAGAGACGAGAAGGCGGGCUCUGACCAAGGCACUAUCGCAAAAUGCAGCACAGGCGCAGAGUCCGUCGUGCAGGGCGUAGCCGUCCUCAACCCCGCCGACCCGCUCGACUUUGGGCGGCACCGUCGAGACAACUUGACGCGCCGCCAGAUCAAAGAGGACCACCCAAACGCCAACGGGAAGAAGAUUAAAAAGUUUUACACGCGACAAAACCGUCUGAUUGACCAGUUUCUCGGCGCUGACGAUGAGGAGCGUCUUGCCGUCGAGGAGGAUGUUCGCAUGGGCCCGAAAAUCAGGUUUGCCGUCAACGCCUCGUUUACCGUCAACUUUUGCCUCUUUGUUAUCCAGCUUUACGCAGCCAUUUCAACCGGCUCUCUCGCGCUCUUUGCUACCGCUGCGGAUGCAUUUAUGGACCUCGUGUCUUCCUUUGUUAUGCUCAUCACCUCCCGCAUGGCGGCGAGGCCAAGCGUGUACAAGUACCCCGUCGGUCGCACGAGGAUUGAGACUAUUGGUGUUAUCCUCUUCUGCGCAUUGAUGACGACGGUUGCAAUCCAGCUCUUGAUUGAAUCUGGCCGUACUCUUGGAAAUGGAAAGCAGGAGUCCGAAGAGUUGCACUUGGUUCCGAUCAUUUUCGUGAGCGUAGCAAUCUUUGCAAAGGCUAGCUUGAUGGUAUACUGCUUCUUUACCGAAAGUAUCCAUCGGUCCAUGUGUUUUUCAUCGAUCAUCGAAAUGAUAUCGCGUAGACACUUGCCGUGCAUACCAUGCGGGCCAAAGUAUUACGUCGAGGUCGACGUGGUUAUGGAUGAAUCUGCCCCAUUGAAAGUUACUCACGAUGUUGCUCAGGCUCUCCAGAGAAAAAUCGAAGGACUGGGUGACGUUGAGAGAGCGUUUGUUCAUGUCGAUUACGAACACGACCACGACAUCCAUGAGGAGCACAAACCUCUUUACGAGAAGAAACAGGAGAAGACCAAGGUCACACUCAAGGAAAGACUCCUAGGCGGUAGGAAAAGAAGGACGGCAGCCCCCGGCCGCAGCGAAGGAAACGUGGAGAUCUCGCUGCCGAGCCAGGCUCCCGCAACACGACGUGACACGUCCGACCCUAAAACAACAAAGGACGAAACGAGCGAUUCAGCCAAGAUGAGACCGACGCUCUCGCUCGGGAUCAAGUUCAGGAAGCUUCGGCUUACCACCAAGGACGUCAAGAAGGGCUUCUAUAAGGGCAACAGAACGGGUGCCAUGGGUCGGCAUACCAAGUACGGUGGUUAUAUCAUCGAGUGGAACAAGGUGCGGACGUAUCCGGUGCCCUCCCUCGAAGGAUUCAGCUUAUCUGCGUACGCGAUUUCUUACCCCUUUGUGAGCAAAACGGUAAAGCCCCUCUUUGGCCUCUACCAAGGGAACCCCAAGGGUCCCAAGGACCCCGAAGCUUACCUGGAGCGAUGGAAGGCCGAGAACGGUGUCGACUAA